AUGGACGUGCUCAUGUUGUCGAAGGGCUGGGCGACCUUGUGGGAGACUCAGAGCAGCCUGACGUUUCGCCCAGCGAAGCUUCGGCCAACGCAUCCGCAACAGCAGGUGCAACGGAGCUCAGAAGCUCAGAUCAGCGACAGCCAUCAGAGAUCGAUCCGCGAGAUUGGCCGUAGAUUAACCGUACAGGUCAAUGCUGCUCCCACCGUGGCUUCGACUCGACCUGCAUCGGCCGUGGACAGUAUGGGCAAGCCUAUGUUCAAAAGCGAGCUGAACAAGCCUGACGAUGGAUCUCAAGAUAGCUCGAAGGGGUCUCGACGCCAGGAGAGGGAGAGGUACGAAACCAGCCAAUCUUCGAAUCGCUCGAUCCGGGAUGACGACGGCGACAUCACUGCAUCCUUCGAAACAACCAUCAACACUCUUUUUGACUUCAACCAUGUCACUGGGCACGAGACAUUUGACACUUCGAUCGCUAGCUUCGCUCCAUCUGACAAGAAUGCCGAAUUUAGUGAUGAUGGCACUGAGGAGGACGACAUAUUUCUCACAACAACGGACGGAGUGCUCCCUUUUCUUGGCCACGACAGGGAAGAAUCCGAGCUCUCGGUCAAUAAGCCUGUAGGAGCGAAGCGACCAGCACCGGCCAGUGUCCGGCCGAGGACCGGCUCUGAUGCUUAUCAAUACCCACUUUCGGUCUCUUCAGACGUGUUUGGGCCCACCACACCUGUCUUUAGUGCUGCUCUCCCGAGCUCGGGCCUAUCUUCUCAGCACCAGCGUCAAAACGAUUGUCCAAAUCAAGCCGCCGUCUCUUUCGCUUCCCUGCGUCGCAUGACCAUAGCAGCGGAGCCACGCCAUCUACGUCAGCAGGCAGAAAACGACGAGGCCGAAAAGGCACCUAGCUUGGCAAAACGCCGCCAUGCCGACACCAUCACCACCAGGCUCUCCGAAGAGCAAUGUGAAGCCUUUCAAGAACUCAUUCAAGUUUCUGGUAUCACAUUGCACAAGGAUCACCGCCGCCAGCUCUCUGAGAUACGCGGAGGACUCUUUCGGAUCGAUGAGUCUCCCGGCCAGACUCGCCCCGAGACACCCGAUCAUGAGAAAGAAAAGAGGAUGUCACUUCAGUCGACGCCCAGCAGCGCCACAAGAUCAUCCUCGAGCUUUGAGAGUCACCUCGCCUCUACUUCCCCUUCCAUCACUCGAGAUGCCGAAACUGGCCUGGCUAGCCCCGCUAUUCUGUCGUCGAAAGUCAUAGCAGACAGAGCUCCUGUAAUUUGCUCCAGCUCCCCGAAAAAGACGCGAAAGGGUUUUAUGGACCCACUCAAGACCAACAUCAGUUCGUCCGAUGCCGCGGCAAGGGUGGUAGACCUGGACCACAAUCUCGUGGUACCGACUUCGUCUGACCAUCUCCUCGCUGAAGAUGCACCUUUCUUUGCCCGCGACUACGUCGAUCAGAACCGGGGUGGAAGGGAUCAGCAGUGGCACCGGCGCCGACGUUCUCCUCGCAAGCAGAGCAAAACUGAGGGUGGAGCUAGAAGCAAAGACCGCGCUGGUGUUGAGACGUAUCAGGGAACGUUCGUCGUUCGUGUAGAUAACAUUCCCUGGACGGUUGCCCACAAUCAUGUCGUCGCAUGGCUUUCGGACGAAGCUGACGAAAUCUUACCAGAUCCCGACUUGGUGGCUCAGGCGAUUCAUGUACCUGUUGAUCUGCAAACAGGCAAGACGGCUAACUGCUGCUUCAUCGAGUGCAGAGGAAAGGAGGAAGCCAUGCGCCUUGUCCGUCAUCGCAACAACACCAGGCUCCUGGGUCGACCAGUGUGCCUCAUCCUCACUACCUACAGCGACUUGCUAGACGAAAUAUUUCCGUCUCGCACGGCAUCGAGCUCACGAGACGAUUGCGAUUGCGUGUUUUUCACGCCCGCCGAACUUCAACAGCUUGUUUAUCUUCUCACGAACGGUGGUGCACAACUCAAGAGUCCAGCCAAGGUCGUUGAGCUGACGACGAGCAUGGUACGUCUGGCUCCCCCCGACAUGGACCCCAAGCUUCGCUAUCUGCUUUGGAUCCGUACGAAGGAGAUCGUCUGCCUUGCUGUCCGGGCGGCAAACGAGCUGAAGCCGUUGCGGGAAGCAAUGGACCGGCUAUUACUUGCCUGCAGCAACUCUUCGAGCUUCACGGUCGCACAGCGCAUCGAUCUGUUGAGCACCGCUCGCGAUACAUUAGAUCUUCUCAGGACUAUGAACGAAGUGGCCAUGUCCAUCGGUGACGGUGCACCGGGGUCGGGAUCGGCUGUCUCGCAACACUAUCUACCAGAAGCGGCACAGCUUGCCUAUGCAACUCAUCGAGCCAGUUUUCCUGAGCAGAUGUCACCGAAUGCGCUUGGGCAGAUCCUUCAGUUCCACAAAGACGGGCAGCGGGGCCUCGAAGCCGGCCAUGAGGUGUUUUGCUAUCCCCAUACGACGGAUCUCGACCCAUACGUCUCCUCCGCACCCGUCAGCAAUUACCAACGGGCAAGCCUAAAUUGGCCAACUUCCCCGCUUUCCCCGCUUUCCAGCCGCAGUAGUGUUCAAUCUGGUGACCAGCAGCAGGUCAAACGCAAGGCGAGCCGCAACUUGAGUGAGGCCGACUUGGUCCCAUAUCUCGCACCGGGCGGUGCCGCUCACAGGGAGCUGGAGAAGUGGGGAGUUCCUAACAACGACAAAGCCAACAGACCCUCCUCAUACGGCCGUCUGGCAAGGAACGUCGCGCAGGCCUUGGCAGAAAAGGAUCUCGAGCGUCAUCGCCGCCAAGGAAUGUCACAGUAG